GGAAGUGGACUUUCUCAUUCUGCGCAGACACACGUCGUGCGCACCUUCGCUCUUUCCGUGCUCAGCUCUUUUCACUAUGGGACUGGCCGGCAAAGGAAAGGUCAGCGCAGCCAACUGGGGUCUUCACUCACCGGGCAAUCUACGGAUUUGCGCCUCUGUUUUAUGUACGCUCGAUCCACCUGCCAAACGCCUCGGGAGAUUUUUUUCUCGCUGAACUUCACCGAGGGAUCAGAGGAUGAAAGUACUGACCCGACUCCCUUUUUUAUUCGGGUGCUGGACUAUUCUCUCUCUGGAUGUGGCGACUAGACGUUUAAACGCGCAAGAUCUCUCGGACGGCAACAAAAAAGUCAGCCCUUCAUUCGUCCGCUCCAACGGCGGACAUGUGGCUAGGAUCACUCCAAUUAGGACCGAAGAGCUCACAAAAGCGGGUGGUAUGGACUUGGGGAGAAUGGAAGCCGCCAGGUCAUGGGUCACCCCAUCGCCCAUUAAGAUGGGCUCAUCUGCUGCCCCCAGGUUAGUGGGGCAUGCGACAAAUGGCCGGAAGCCGGCUGCCUUGCUGAAAAUUCCAGGAAAGAGCAAGAUCCCCAAACACCCCCAUGUGACCCCCCACGACUACAUGCUGUCCCUGUAUAAGACUCUGUCAGAAGCGGAGCGCGUGGGCUUCAACACUUCCGCGGCGCAGCAGGCUGGCUUAGCUAACACCAUCACCAGUUUCGUGGAGAAGGGUCAAGAAGAACGUAUGCCUCUGAUAAGAAAGCAAAAAUAUAAUUUUGACAUCAGUGCCUUGGAAAAAGAUGGACUGCUUGGAGCUGAACUGCGCAUUCUCCGCAAGCGGCCGUCUGACCCGCGAAAAGCCCUCCCUUUCGGCAGCACAUUUCUGUUGAAGCUAUUCACCUGCCCAACUGCCAAACAGCCAGCGGUGCUCCUGGAAUCUCGGAGUCUCAACCUCCUUGAUACCCCCAAAUGGGAAGUUUUUGAUAUCUGGAAGCUCUUUCGAACUUUUAAGAGCCUGGCACAUUUAUGCUUUGAGCUGGAGGUAUACGAAAGAGGUCGGCCAGCGGACUUGAGAGCCUUGGGAUUCAACAGAAUCGGCCGCCAGGUAAAAGAGAAGGCUGUUUUUGUGGUUUUCGGCCGAACCAAAAAGAGAGACUUAUUUUUUAAUGAGAUUAAGGCCAGGUCUGGUCAAGAUGACAAAACAGUUUAUGAAUACUUAUUCAAUCAGAGACGAAAACGCAGGGCUCCUCUCUCCUCUCGUCAGGGGAAGAGGCAGAUGAAACCAAAGCCUCGGUGUAACAGAAAACCCCUUCAUGUGAACUUUAAGGAUAUGGGCUGGGAUGACUGGAUUAUUGCCCCCUUGGAAUAUGAGGCCUAUCACUGUGAAGGGGUUUGUGACUUCCCGUUGCGCUCACAUUUGGAGCCUACAAAUCACGCUAUUAUUCAGACUCUGAUGAACUCCAUGGACCCUGAAUCCACCCCGCCCACUUGCUGUGUGCCCACUCGCCUCAGUCCCAUAAGCAUCCUCUAUAUAGAUUCAGCAAACAAUGUGGUAUACAAGCAGUAUGAAGACAUGGUGGUGGAGUCCUGUGGCUGCAGGUAACAUAACUGGUCCUCAGCAUGCCUCCAAACCAAGUGCUGACCAGCAUAGAAGAAAUGGGCGGAACUGAGUACAGAGGUCUUUGGAGUCUUCAUGAAAGGACAAUGCAUACUGCUGAGCAGAUGUCCAACAGCCCUUAAUGGAGAGGUGGUAAAUAACACAACAGCCAAAUCCCUGGAUUAGCACCUUGGCUCACCAUGACAGCCAUUGUGUUUGUCUGUUAAGACUUCUACCCACACAGAAGAAGUGAUCUCCUGGAGGUCAGCGGUCUUUUAAAAAGCUGUACUGUCACUCAUGCCAGACUUGCUCUAAUUCACAAGACUGUUAAUAAGGCAAAUCAGGCUGGAAUGUGCAUUUAAUUUCUGCAUCCAGCAGCAACAGGAGAUCACCAUUUUGUGCAGCUAUGACCAGUAUUCACAGAAAGCUUUGAUGACCACCCCAUCCUCAUUGUUGUGAGUCUUCCAAGCAGAAGAUGCAAGGAACUUUAUCUAGGUGGGCUCUAUAUAGUGAACAUUAUCUGGAUGCAAGUAGACACAAAUAUUAUAGAAACACUUUAUGUAUUCUAGGAGAUGCAAACUUGAGAAUUCACUGUGUAUAUAAUGUAUUUAUACAUGUUUGAAAUAAAUGGUUUAAUAUUUUAA